AUGACAGACCUUGAAACCAAAGCUAUUGUAGAUGCAUUACAAAUAAAUCCACAAUCUCACCCACAUCACAGCUUGGUGGAAGGCAUAUUAUAUUUUAAGGGACGACUUGUGAUUCCAAAUGAUACUCAAUUACGAGCUAAAUUUUUAGAAGAAGCACAUACGACUCUAACAGGUGGUCAUGGAGGGUUCCUAAAGACCUUGAAGCGAUUAGGAUUAAGUGUGCAUUGGCGAGGGCUCCCAAAGUUUAGAGGUUUUGAUGUUAUCUUGGUGGUGGUUGAUCGGCUCAGUAAAUACAGCCAUUUCAUUGCUUUGUCACAUCCUUAUUCUGCAAAAACUGUGGCUGGUUUAUUUUAUCAAGAGAUUGUACGGUUGCAUGGUAUUCCUUGGUCAAUCGUUUCAGAUCGUGACACCAUUUUUCUAAGUGCUUUUUGGCAAGAACUUUUUUGCUUGAGCCAGACACGCUUAAACAUGAGUACAGCUUAUCACCCACAAUCCGAUGGCCAAACCGAGGCUGAAUUCUCAUUUAAUAUCAGCUUUCACUCCUCAGCAAACACUACUCCAUUUAAACUAGUUUAUGGGCGUGAUCCUCCUCCUUUGUGCCCUUAUGUUAAAGGAGAAACAUUAGUUGCAGAUUUAGAGGAGCAACUGGAGCUACGUGAUGCCAUGCUUAAAAUACUACUUGCUUAUGAGCUUGACUUGCCUCUUGAGUUUAAGGUGCACCCUAUUUUUCAUGUCUCCCUACUUCGGCCUACUCAUGGGCAGCAACCAUCUUCACCACCAGCACCUUUACCUCUUUCUGCAAAUCUGGAGCUCCUCCUUACGCCCUCAAAGGUACUGAAUCACCGCUGGACACCAGGAGGUAUUCUGAAAAUUUUAAUUCAAUGGGAUAAUCAUCCUCUUGAAGAUGCAAGCUGGGAAGACUAUGAUUUAAUAGCCAUUCAAUUUCCCACUUUUUGA